GGUCUUAUUGAUGAGGUGCAUUGGACGCGAAGUAACUACGUAGUUGCGCGCGUGCCUCUGUUUAUACAGUGCCGUGUGCGUCGACAUGCGCGCGCACUGUCCAAUAUCCAUGCCCUCGCCUGCGUCGUGCAGCAGCUCAUUACGUGGGAUCCGUGCGGGGCUCCUGCGCCUGCACUCUGCACUUGGCGGACAGACGCGCAGGACAAGCGGUGGUCUGCUGCUGCUGCUGCUGCUGACACCGCGGUGCGCAGUCCAGUUCAUCGCGGUCCUCCUCCUCCUCCUCCUCCUCCAGGUCUGGCAUUCCUUCAGUGCUCGUUCGGUGGAGGCGCAUCUGGACCGGAGAGCGUCCCGGAACAAUUACGCGUGGAGGCGCUCCGCUGUGCUGGCCGCUGGCUGCCCCGACACAGAGGAAAUAAUCCCACUGCUUGAGGACAGUUUGUUUUCUUUGACAGAAUGGCAGGCGUAAAGUGCCUCCUGAAAACGCCGAGUAACUUCCAGUCGUCUGCCAUGUUGGAAGGCUCGGAGUCCGUUGAGGUGGAGGGAGGCAGCACAGGCAGCGCCGUGGCCUCGUCCAUCAGCGCCUGUAAGAAGGUGCUGUGCAGUAACAGUGUGCUGGACUCGUCCGAAUACUGGCAGAGGAACGAGAAAGCUCUGUGUCAACUGGGCCUGCUCGAAGACGACGCGGAGGGCGGCUGCACCAUGAUCUGUUUUGUAAAUCUUGACCCUCAGCAAACGGACUGCCGUGAUGACAAAAACAUGAAGAAACUGGCAUCCGUCUCUCCUGAUCUGCCAAAGCUCGUGGAAUUACUUACUGUCCACCAGCAGAAAGAAAAUGAGAUCCUACUGUUCGGUGGCCUAGAAGCCUCAGACGCCUGCCAAACACACCCACAGUCCCCCCCUCAGGGAGAACGUUACACUUACAGUGUGGCAUGUUCCAUUCAGGUCAGGCAGCAGAGAAGCACCGGCGUGUGCCUGGUUCAGUGUUCAGGGCAGAGGCGAUGCAGCCAACCCGGAAGCAUCAUCUUUGAGAUCAACAAGUUCCUGAUCGGUUUGCAGUGGGGGAAGGAGCAACAGCCUCCGCAGGGCCGAGCGGCAGGGCAGCGGGUCGAGGACGACACCAAUCGCUCCAUCUCUUCCAUAGAGGAAGACUUCAUGACGGCUUCAGAGCACCUGGGAGAUGACAGCGAAGACGAUGGCUUCAGAAACGAGGCCGAGAGUGGUGAUCUGGCAGAGAGCUUGGUAGAUGUUGCACAGAAGCACUGUGUCAGACUCGCAUGUCAGAGGGGACAGCUGGCCCAUCAUCAGAGCAGGGAGGAGGCUGAGGUGAAAAGGGAACGGCAUCGGCUAGCAAGCCUCCAUACUAAGGAAUCAGCUGGUCACUAUGCCACCAAUCUGGCCGAGUCAGUACUGCAAGAUGCCUUCAUACGCCUCUCUCAAGAUGAAACCUCCUUUGUCUCUGAGGCUGCUGUCAGCAUGUCCCUUGCAAGUCAUCCGUCCAACUUCACUGGUCCUUCAAAGGCCAAAGAGCCUUCCCAGCAGCGCACCUGCUCUUUUGAGCUCCCCAAGAUUGUCAUAGUUCAAAGCCCAGACAGCUCUGAUGGGGCUGCAGAAUGGCCAGAGACACAGGUGUCCCAUGUGCCCGACCAGGACUUCACUGCCAAAGCAAGAGAGAUGCCGGAGAAAGGGACGCAGGUUCACAUUCCCCACCACAAUGGAGCACAUCCAUCCAAACAUGUAGAGGUGGCUUUGGCCUGUGCUGCCAGUGUCAUUGGCACCAUUACUAACCCACAUUUGACAGAACAGCUCGCCAUGGACUCAGCUUCAGAGGAGGACACAGAGGAGGAGCUGCAGGACCCAAAGGAGAAAGUUGACUACUCCCUCUCCUCAGCCAUGUGUGGCAUGGCUCAGGUAGCUGGUGCUGUAGCAGCUGUAGAGAUAACAGAGGUGUCACGGGAGGCCGGCAAUUCUGACACAGAAUCUGCUGAAGUCUGCACAGCAUCCCUGGGUCUGAUGUCUGCUGCUGAGGCCUCUGCAGCCUUCACGCUGCACUGCAGUGUGGCAGAGGGUACCAGUGUUGAAGCAUUUCGCGCCAACAUUGCUGAGGUCCUACACAAGGAAGCAGCAGAGGUGCUUACUCAGCCACGAGGCUACAAGAGUGUAGCUCACUUGCUGGCAGCCACACAUAACAAGAUAGUAGAUGGCAUUACUUGUCCAAAAAAAUCCUGCAUGGAUGAAAGGGAGGUUGAUGACUUAAUAAAUGAAGUUGCAGACAGCCUAUUUAAGCAUGCUUUAGAGAAAGCAAAAAAGAAGAAAGAGCUGGAGGGGACUGGAAAAGAUGCACUGAGCCUCCAGGUUUGUCUGCAGGACAGUGUAAAUAAUUUGCUGUUUGAUAUCCUUUGCCUGACACAGAAGAAAAUCAGUCACAUCUCUAGAUGUGACCAAGGGUCAUUGGAGACACAAGAGGGUGCUUGGGAGCCUGCAUCUACAAAGGAGAACAAGGAUGCAUUAAGCCAAUUACAGUGCUCGGUUGACCAUAGCCAGUCCACCAAUAGUGACAACCACAAUGGCACAUUGUACUGCGCAGAUAAGCUUAACAUGGUUCCUGGGCUGAAAGAGAAAUAUGUGCUUGAGGGAAGUGAUCUCAUUGCAUCGUCAUCCACAGCACACGGCAAAGAGCAACAGUCAUGCUGUAGACACAGUCUGUCUAAAUCCAUGUCCUUGCCUACCAGAGACCACCAGCAGAUCCAGCAGGGCAGCGGUGCCAUCAGAGAACCUUUGAGUGAAAUCCCAAUUCACAGCACAGAGAGGAAGGAACGGUUAGUCACGGGGAAUGACAGCAGACAGGCCUCCCUCACCCCACAGUCCUCCCUCAAUUCGUGCUGUUCUCUCCUGUCAUUGAGAAUUGACUCUGAAUCCAGGACACCCAUUACCUGCUACGCUGAUGAUUUGGCUGCGACAGUGGUGUCUAUGGCCACAGAACUAGCAGCCAUCUGCCUGGAGAACUCCACUGGGAAACAACCCUGGUUCUGCGGCCUGAAAGGGAUAUCUCCUGAAGGGCCAGAGGCCUAUUUGAUUCCAGCUUACCGCUCAGUGCUAAGGAGGAAAGAGAGUCAGAGCAGCAAUGCUGCCUCCAAGAAACAUCGGGCACCACGCCUAAGUGAGAUCAAGAAAAAAACAGAGGAGCAACCGGAACUGAUGGAGCGGCUUGUGAACCGGGUGGUGGACGAGUCAGUCCACCCUGAUGAACCGCAGGACCCGUUUGCCCUCUUUGCCUCAGAGGUCACAGCCAGGAUCAUGAACUGCCCUGAGCUGAAUGUGGUAGAUACUUCCAAAACAGGCCAGCCACGCAGCAGGUUGCAGUGUGAAAGGUGGAGCCGAGGGAAGGCAUCAAGUUAUGAGAGCAUUCCGGAAGAAGACGCAGACCCCUCAGGCACACCCAACACACUGGGGCCUUGCAGUCGAUUAGGUCAAAAUUUAAGUCGUGGCAGCUCAAUUUCUAAGCAGUCCAGCUGUGAGAGCAUCACAGAUGAGUUCUCACGAUUCAUGGUAAACCAGAUGGAGACCGAGGGCAGGGGCUUUGACCUUCUGCUGGACUAUUAUGCAGGAAAAAAUGCCAGUAGCAUUCUGGCUGCAGCUGUGCAACAGGCGGCAUCAAAGAAAAAUGGUCAUCUUAAUGUCAGGGCCUCAUCCUGCCUGUCCAAACAAUCGAGCACAGAGAGCAUCACAGAGGAGUUCUACAGGUUUAUGCUUCGGGACAUGGAUAAGGAAAACAGAGAGUAUGGCAUUGCCAAGACUAAAGAAUGGAGCAACAGCCUGUUCCCCCCUUCUGUUAGGACACCAUUCUGCAUACGACAGUCCUCUGUCCCAGACCGGCGCUCCUCAGACUCACGGCUGACUGUCAACUCACCAAUUAAAGCCAACUCUUUUGAUGGAUUUGCCCGCAAUGUGCAUGGAGACACACUGAAUAUCUAUCCCACCAACUCUGUGUCAGCCAUGGGACUAUGUAAGUCAGACUCCUGCCUCUAUCAAAGGGGUAAGACUGACCAGAUUACUGAUAUGCUGAUUCAUGAGACCUGGUCGAGCUCCAUUGAGUCCUUGAUGAGAAAGAAUAAAAUCAUUGCUGAUCCAGAGGACAGUAUUGACCUGGAGGCUGCAGGUGACUUCCAGCCACAUGUGCAGCAGUUUGCCAAUCGCCUGGCAGCUGACAUUGUAGAUAUAGGCAAGUCUGCACUUGGGGGCCAGCAAGAUGUCGCUGGGGGCGUGCCUUGGUCUCACCCACAGUCGCACAUGCCUGUCGGUGAAAGAAGGAAGGGAUACAAACAAUCUCACCUAAGUUGCAGUCGGAGUAGGUCCAGCCAGGAGCAAGCUGGUACUGGAGUAGGAUCCGGUGCUGGUGACUGCAGCGCAACCCGCAUGAGGGGCCCUGGAAAUGUACCACUUAUCCACAUUGAGGCAGAUCAGAAGGACGAGGAGACUCUUUUAAACCCCGAAAGGCCUGGAAAAGGACCUCAGGAAUCCGCCCCAGACAUGUCAGCUGCCAAGCAGACGGAGAGAGAAGCAGCCAACGGCAGCAGCAGUGAGAGGGACAGGCCAGCUGUGGCGGUGGCUGCACUAGUGAAGAGGGACAAGCGUUCUAUGAGCGCUAGCAGUGAAGAGAGCAUGGGGAGCUGGUCCCAUAUAACCCCUGAAGAUGACCCCCACGAGGAGACCAGUAGUUUUAUCCAGCUGAGCGAGGGGACCGGGACCAGCAGCGCAUCCAGCCUAGGCCUGGCAGACCUGGACGCCUUUUCUGAUGUGCCCACUCAGAGCACAGUGAUCAGUGAGCAGACUGAGAAAGGACAUCUGGCAGGGACCAAGGAGAAUGUAUUUGCCAGCGGCUCGGCGAAGACGGCAGGCAGCGGUGGGAACCUCAGGGAGCUGCUGGUGGUAAAUUGUGACCUGGAGGCGGAGUGUGUGGACUCUGAGCUGAGGGUGGCCCUGCAGUGGAUCGCUGCCUCCGAGCUGGGCCUCCCUGCGCUCUACUUCAUGAAGUCCAAAGAGAAGAGGGUUGCAAAGUUCCAGAGGGUGGUGCAGCUCGUGUCUCAGAAGGCGUGGCGGGUCGCAGAUUUGUUCGGCGCCGUGGUUCAGUUCUGUCAGCUGCAGGAGAGAGAGGAAGAGGAGGGCAAGUCUCUGUCCAGCCUGUUUGAUUGGCUUUUGCAGACCGCGUAGGCCGGGACGACAGCGCAGACAAAAAAACUCACACGCUCGCUCAUUCACUCGCUCCCCUAACAUGUGCCCAACUGUUUCCUAAGUGUCGCCCACUGCAAGCUGAAAGCACAACGCGAAACAGCAUACUUGAGAAGUCCACACACUGCUCACCCUUUCCAUGGAGGUCGUGUUCUGUUUGUUCGUCUGUCCGCAGUCAGGAAUUGACCAGUCUCCCUUUAAUAAAAGCAUGUUUUUGUUUUCAGAUUCACCUCUAGUGUGAGGCGCGAAGACGGAGCGAAAUGGCAAAGGUAUACGGGUUGGACGUUCCUCUUGGGGAAUGAACUGGCCUUCCAGAGGUUAUAGUCAGCAGGUUUUAACUGCUCGAGAUUAUAUAUAUAAAUAUAUUUGCAGAUUCUCACAACCAAAUUAUGUGUCUAAAUAUUUAUUCCGAAUGAACACACAUGAAGCAGAGUACCAAUAGAGGAUAGGGAUAUCAGGUUCAGUUCUCCACACACAGCUCCACACACGUUUCAAAAAUGUCCUUGUAAAAGAGGCUGAUGAAAUAUAAGCCCACUUUCUCCCGAUAGCACAUUCGCUUGACAUAAGCGAAAAAUUCUUCAUAUCUUUGUCGUGAUCAUCGGCCAACACACGCCACCUCUGUUGUGACCUUGAGGCUCAGUUCUAAGUAUGUUAUCUUGUUCAUGUUACUUGAGAACGCAUUAUUUUGGAUAGCUGUACUGUAUAUACUGUAGAUUUGGAACCGCUGCACCUUGGAGUAGUGGACUGCUCUCUUUAGCUUUUACUGUGUCAGACAGACAGAGUAAGGUUUGUAAUGUUGAAUUUGUAUGUGAACUUGGUCUGUUUAUUUCUCUACUUAGUGGAACUCUAGUGUUACAUCAGCAACGGGAACAAAAAAAAGCACAUGAUUCAGCUGUAAACUCUGUCACAUUAGAACUGAAUGUAUUUAUCUUUUGACAUGAAUAAAUUUCUGUGAUGUGAAA